AAAAUACACUUAGGUUCGAGUUCGACGAAAAAGUUUUGCUGCCUGCUGUACGCUGCGUAUAUGACUGUGUGUAAAUAGCACAUAUUUCGCCCGAGUUUUUGUAUAGUAUGAAUAUCAGCGAGUAAAAGCACGAAAUUUGCAAUUCAACGUGAAUCAAUAAUAAAAUCUAGUUAAUGAUACAAAAAUUUACGUGAUAUCUUGUGGUUUUGCUCUCAGCCGAAGAAUACUGGAUAUAGGAAUAAAUUGAAAAACAUAUCGCAACACAAGACAGUGAAUUAAUUAUUUUUUGCAAUAUUAACUGCUUAUGAGCAAUGAUGAUAAUAGUAGUUAAUUGAAUGUUAACCUCCGUCAUAGAAAACUUAUGAAAUAAAAUAAUCUUGGGUUAUCUACAGGUAGUGGUUGAUGAAAAGCCACUAAAUAUUGAAAUUUUUCCAUCAUACCAAUCAUACCUAGCAAGCAUAAAAUAAGAUAAUCUUGAAAAAUGGAUAACGAAGGUGCAGGUUUAAAGAAAAUCAGAGCCAAGCUCGAUUAUUGGCUGAGAAAUGGACAAUAUUAUCAAGCUCAUCAGAUGUACAGAACAGUUUAUUUUCGAUAUAUUAGGCAAAAAAGGUAUUUAGAGCUUUUAAAAUUACUACAUCAUGGAUGUGAAAGACUUCUGUGUGAAAGACAAUGGGCCAGUGGUACAGAUUUAGGCAUUUUGUAUAUUGAUGUUUUGAAACAUGGGAACAUAAAACCAAAUGUUUAUUACUUUAAAAUAAUAUCGAAUCUAUUUCGCAUGAUGGAGCCUUCUACAGCUGAAAGAGAAACAUAUGUACAGAAGUGUUUGCAGUGGAGUUCAACUGGUAACAAUUAUAAGAAUGGUCAUCCAUAUUUUCACAGAGAACUUGCUAGGAUUUAUUGGGAUCAGAAAAAUUUUUCCCUAGCCAAGCAACAUUUCAUGCAAACCAAAGAUGGCGAAAGUUUGGCUUUAAUGUUAAUUGAACUUCAGAUUGAACAUGGAUAUUCAUAUGAACUUGACAUCUUCGUAGCUCAAAUUGUGCUGCAGUGUCUUUGCUUACAAAAUAAAGUAGCAGCAAUUGAAGUAUUCAGUACAUAUGUUAAUGAACAUCCGCAAAUACAGAACGGACCGCCAUUUAUUUUACCAUUACUUAAUUUUAUAUAUUUUCUAUUGAAAUCUAUUGAAACAAAAAAAUUAUCAGUGUUUACAUUUUUAUGUGAACAAUAUAAAUCAUGUUUAUCAAGAGACCAAUCAUUCAGUGAAUAUCUUGAAAAAAUAGGUCAAAUAUACUUUGGUAUGAAAACUGCGAAUCCUAACAGAAGAGGAUUGUUAGGAUCAUUUAUACAAUCAAUAUUCAAUGGCUUAGAAGAAGAUGAUCUUGAUGAUAAAUAAAAUAACAUUGAGUGUCUAAAUAAUAAUUGUAAAUAAAAAAUCACUAAAAAGAAUGAUCUUUUUUUUAAAUCCUACAAACAAAGAUCUAUUGAAUUAAAAAUUUUACUAUUAAUUUACAAAGAUGCAAAAGAGACUAUAAGCAAAUUAACAGUGUUAAUUUAAAUCAUGUGUAAUUAACUUUUCUUUUUCCUUAAAAUAAAACAAACUUAAAAUUU